AUGUCGAACGAGCGGCGAAUUAAAUCGCUGAAGACGAGGCAGAAGAGCCUCCUAACCUCGUUCGGACUUAUCAAGUCGUUCGUCGAUGGCUACCAGGAGGAUACUGGUGCUCACGAGGUUCCCGUCCGGUUGGAUCACCUUGUGGCCAUCUGGAACGAUUUCAAUGCCAUGCAAGCCGAGCUCGAAACGCUGGAUGAAGCGGCCAUCGAAGCUCACUUAAAGGAACGUAUUGAAUUCGAGACGUUCUACUUCAGGGUGAAGGGAUUCCUGCUCGCCGUCAAUAAAAAUGAACCAACGUCGCCACGCACUUCUUCAACUUCUUCUUUAACCACGCAAAGCCCUAUGUCGUCGCAUGUAAGGUUACCCGACAUAAAACUGCCAGUUUUCGCCGGAAAUCUAGACCAAUGGUUGAACUUCCACGACCUCUUCGUUUCGUUGGUCCACUCUUCGCAUGAACUGUCGAACAUCCAGAAAUUUUAUUAUCUUCGCUCGUCGCUCUCUGGGGAUGCUUUGAAGGUCGUGCAAACUAUCGCUAUUAGUGCCAACAAUUACCAGGUCGCCUGGAAUCUGCUAUUGGACCACUACCAGAAUCCCGUACGCCUAAAGCAGUCAUACGUCGACUCGCUGUUCGAAUUUCCCUCCGUUAAAAAAGAGUCCGCUUCGGAGCUUCACUCGCUGGUCGAAAAGUUCGAAGCCAAUGUGAAAGUCCUUCAUCAGCUCGGGGAGAAAACGGAAUACUGGGACAUUCUGCUGAUCCGCAUGCUGAGCAUCCGUUUAGAUCCCACUACCCGGAGGGAUUGGGAAGAACACGCAUCGACACUCAACGCCGUAUCGUUCCAGAAUCUAACGAAGUUCAUUCAACGCCGAGUUUCGGUUCUUCAAACUAUCGGAAAGACCACCGAGACUCCAUCACCGAUCAACUUCUCCAAGAAACCGGUGCAACGAGUGGUUGCCAGUCACGGAGCAAGUCCAACCAACCAACGAAAGUGUGUUGCUUGCUCGGAUCAUCACCCUCUGUACCAAUGUAUGGUUUUUUCAAAAUUGAGCGCUGAGGAGAAGGAUAGAGAAGUUCGUCGUCACCAAUUGUGCCGUAACUGUCUGCGUAAGGGACAUAUGGCCAAGGAAUGUCCGUCUUCGAGCACUUGUCGCAAAUGUAGAGGUCACCAUCACACUCAGCUUUGCCAAGGUUCCGCUGCAACUAGCUUGAAAGUUGCUGACAUGCCUCACCCGAAGGAGAAUUCAACCCAACAAUCAAUCGAACAACCAUCCGCUUCGGUAUCAGCAACCCUCAACGAGCAGGUCAGUUACGCUUCCGCUGGACACGGACACAAAAGAGUUCUGCUCGCCACAGCUGUAGUCAUCGUAGUCGACGAUAAUGGGACGGAACAUGCUGCUAGAGCGCUGCUAGACUCAGGCAGUGAAUGUUGCUUCGCCACAGAAACGUUUUCGCAACUUGUCAAGGUCCAGCGUAAGCGAAUCCACCUUCCUAUCGCCGGAAUAGGACAAUCUUCCACGGAAUCACGCUUCAAGUUCCUCUCGAAAAUCCGCUCUCGUGUUUGCGACUAUAACACCACUGUUGAAUUUCUCGUGCUGCCGAAAGUCGCAAUCGAUUUGCCCUCAGCUGCUGUCGACACAUCGUCUUGGGAGAUUCCACCUGGCAUUCAACUAGCAGAUCCUGCUUUUUGCCGAACCAGCCCAAUUGAUCUUAUUCUAGGUGCGGAAGUCUUCUUUGAAUUGUUCAAAGUCUCGGGUAGAAUCCAACUUGGUCCUGGUCUGCCAACGCUCAUCAAUUCCGUCUUCGGCUGGGUCGUCUCCGGGAAAACCACCCAGUGUCCAUCAAUCACUCCGAUCGUUGCCAACAUCGCUACUGUUGCCGAUUUGAACAAUCUCAUGGAGAAAUUCUGGUCGCUUGAAGAGGACAGCUCACGAACUUGUUACUCGGUGGAGGAAACUGCAUGUGAAGAGUACUUUCGUCGAACGGUCUCUCGAACUCCCGAAGGUCGUUACAUCGUUUCUUUGCCUCUGAAGGAAGACAUUCUCGCUAACCUCGGCGACAAUCGUCGUACUGCUAUUCGUCGCUUUCGUCUCCUGCAAGGUCAGCUCACUCGAAACGAUGAACUCUGCCAACAGUACCGAGAUUUCAUGGACGAGUACGAACAGCUAGGUCACAUGGAACUUGUGCAGGAUUACCAGCAACCACAACAUCCUUCUUACCAUCUUCCCCAUCAUGCCGUCAUACGAGAGGACAGCACCACUACGAAAGUACGCGUGGUCUUCGACGCGUCUUGCCGUACACCGAAUGGACCAUCCCUGAACGACGCACUCAUGGUCGGACCUAUCGUGCAGGAAGACCUGCGAUCAAUUACAAUGCGAUCCAGAAUCCACCCGGUCUUGCUCAACGCCGAUGUCAAGUAA